UUCUGUUUUGUUCUGCAAAUCGUAAUUUCGUAACAAACUAUCAUUGUGACCUUAUUAGUGUUUUAAAAUGACUGGUUCUAUCAUCCUAGCGGGCCUGGGAUUGGCCGCCAUUGGCUUUGGAGGACGAGCUUUGCUCCGGCAGAUGCCCAACGCCGCUAGUAAAAUGCAAGAAGCACUUCUAAAUUUGCCCAAGUUUGAUGCGGAAUCGAUGGCUAAUUCCAAGUACUACAAGGGAGGAUUCGAUCCGAAAAUCAACAAGCGGGAGGCAGCUCUAAUCCUGGGGGUCAGUCCGUCGGCAUCCAAAAUUAAGAUCAAAGAUGCGCACAAAAGAAUCAUGCUUCUGAAUCAUCCAGAUAAAGGAGGAUCCCCAUAUUUGGCCGCCAAAAUCAACGAAGCGAAAGAUUUUAUGGAUAACUCGAAAUAAAAAUCAUUGAUUAUUAAACAG